CUAAUAACUGGAAUGAUGCUUAGCGACGGUUCCCUUCGAAUUCAUGGAAAGGACGCCUACUUACAAAUUGGGCAAAAGGAUAAAGAAUUCGUUUACCAUCUUUCAAAUCUCUUUGCUAAGAUUGGAAUUGUUGGGGCACCACCUAUCGAGUGUAAGAGCAUUAUUAAACCUAGUGGGAACCUUCGUAUCUCUUACCUUCUCACUACCUUUACAAUGCCCUAUUUAACUGAACUUCACUCGGAGUGUUACCGAAAAGUCGAGGGGAAAAACGUGAAGGUAAUUCCUUCUAACAUUGAUUCCCUUUUAACGCCUAUUGCUCUUGCUUACUGGCUCUCCGGGGAUGGCUCUUAUUGUCAAACUACGGGCAGAAUCACAAUCGCGACGAAUUCAUUCAGCCCCGAAUUUGAAGAUAAGUAA